AUGGCCAAAUUGGUCAGGCUCCAGUUCAAAUUCCAGUAUAAAAGGGGGGCAGAUAAUGGUGCAGCUGAUGCUCUUUCUCGUGUGGGGCAUCUCCUUACUGCUAAUGCUUUGUACAUUUGUCAGCCAAAGUGGGUUCAGGAAGUCGCCAACUCAUAUGAAACAGAUUAUGUGGCUCAAACAAUGCUUGCUCGGCUAGCAAUCCACAGUCCAAAUGAAGAGGGGUUUGAACUACAUAACGGUCUCAUCCGUUCCCAAAAUAGGUUGUGGAUUGGUUCUAAUUCUGCUCUUCGCACUAAACUUAUCAGUGCAUUUCAUACAAGCGCCAUAGGAGGGCAUUCUGGCACUGCGGCUACUUACCACAGAUUGAAGAAGCUUUUCAUCUGGCAUGGUUUGAAAACUGCUGUAGAUGAUUUUGUGCGUCAAUGCCAGGUCUGUCAACUAUCAAAGCAUGAACACAACAAGACAACUGGUAAGUUGCAACCUCUACCAGUUCCUGAAGUGGCCUGGCAGGAUAUAUCAAUGGAUUUCAUCACGGGCCUGCCAAAGUCAGAUGGGUAUGAUGUUAUCAUGGUUGUGGUGGAUCGUCUGACGAAGUUUGCACAUUUCGUUCCUUUGAAGCAUCCAUUUUCAGCUUCACAAGUGGCUCGUGCUCUGUGGGAUAACGUGGUCAAGAUUCAUGGUGUGCCAUUAACUAUUGUUUCCGACAGAGACACUAUUUUCACAAGUGCAGUUUGGCGGGAGACAUUGGCCACAGCUGGGACUAAAUUACUCUACUCGACAGCGUAUCAUCCGCAGACUGAUGGCUCUGUUUGGCCGCGAUCCACAUUUGGGCAGCAUGUUGACUUGGAAUGGUGCUCUAGCAGCGGGGGAGGACAUGGAUUGGUUGUCACAAUGAAGCACUGCGUGCUCAGUUGGCGCGUGCACAACAGCGUUUCAAGAAGAAAGCUGACCGUCAUCGAACGGAACGGGAAUUUGCAGUGGAUGAAGAUGUGCUGCUCAAACUCCAACCAUAUGCUCAGUCAACUGUGGCGAAUCGGCCUUAAAUUUGGCAAUGUGGCUUACAAGUUGACGCUGCCAGCCGAUAGUCGCAUACAUCCAGUGUUUCAUGUGUCACAACUCAAGCCUUUCAAUCAAAACUAUUCUCCUAUGUUUGCUGACUUGCCCAAGCCGCCAGAUUUGCCAGGGACUAAUGCAUCUCCUGCAGCUAUACUGGAACGAAGAAUGGUGAAGAAAGGUUCUUCCAUAGUGAUUCAGUUGAAGAUUCAAUGGGAUUCUAUGUCACCAGAGGCAACAACUUGGGAGGACUACGAGGUGCCGCGGCUUCGCUAUCCUAUAGCUCGCAUCUGGGAUGGGGCUUCAUCUCAAGGAGGGAACAAUGUCACACCUGUUAUGUCAUCAUCUUCAGUUAAUUCAGUUAACAACAUUAGAGAAGGCGCGCACGCGCGCGCACGUUCCAGCAAGAGCGGCUCAGCGCGCCUGCACUGCAAGGCUGGCUGGCAAUCUAGGAAUUACGGGUCGCCGUCGCCGCGCGCGCUGGAUCCAAAUGUCACUGCACGGAUCGUACGCCCCACGGCCAGCGUGUCGAGGGUAGCGAGCGCCAACGCGAGAAGCAGCGGCGCAGCGGUGGCGGCCAUGGCGGCGAGAUUCGCGGGGUCUCGGCGCAGGGGCGGCACUGAGUUUUAG